GGCAUUCUAUUCUAUUCCCAUCAACUACAUCCGCAGUGCCUUGCUUCUCACAUCAGUUACAUCGUCCAUCAACCGAAAGCCAUGGCACAACCGAGUUCUUCCCCCAGCGUGGCAUCCUUUGAGGGAUUCCGCGCCUGGGUCGAUGACCCUACUAUCAUCUCAACCCCAACCCCCUAUGUCCUAGCUGCUGCCUUUGCAGUGGCAGUACUCUUCUUGUUCCAGGGGCAAAAGUCGACGAGCCCCAUCCCUCAUCUCAACCCCCGGAACACGCUUGAGUUCACGGACACGCAUCGGAAAAAGGACUUCCUGACCCGUUCACGGGCCAUGUUAGACGCUUGGUUUCGUGACCACCCCGACAAGACCGUUCGAGUGAUCGGCGAUACUGGCGAGGUCACGGUACUGCCGCCCCAUCUGACCAACGAGAUCCGCAACGACCCGCGCCUUAGCUUUUCGCGCUGGGUCUACAAAGGCUUCCGCGAGGGUAGCCGAGAGUCCCAUAUUGUGCAGGGUGUGAUCAUGAAGGACCUUACCAAGUAUCUCAACAAGGUAACCGAGCCCCUGGCCGAAGAGACCGCUCUGGUUGUGGAAGAGCAGUACCCGGCAAGUGACAACAAAGCAUGGCACACGACGCACCUGCGCGAAAGUAUGCUUCGUGUCGUUUCCCGGGUCUCUUCCCGUGUGUUCCUCGGUGACGAAGUCUGCCGGAACGGGGAUUGGCUUAACGUGACCCGCAACUACACGGUGAACGGCUUCAGGGGUGCCGAGGAGCUGCGGCUGUGGCCAGGGCCUCUGAGGUUCUUUGCGCACUGGUUCCUGCCGUCCUGCACCCGUGCCCGAGCCGAUGUUCGGGAGGCCCGCCGUAUCCUCAACGAGGUGCUCGAGAAGAGGCGGGCACUAAAGCAGAGCGGGGAGGUCGAGUUUGACGACGCCAUUGAAUGGUUUGAGCGUGAGGCGAAGGGAAGGGACUAUGACCCGGCCGUUGUGCAACUCACCCUCUCCUCUGCCGCCAUCCACACCACCACUGAUCUUAUCAGCCAAGUUAUGAUGGACUUGUGCAGUAAUCCUGAGAUCAUCGAUGAGCUGCGCCAGGAAAUCGUCAGGGCUCUCACCGAGGGCGGGUGGAAAAAGACGACAUUGUAUAGCAUGAAGCUUCUUGACAGCGCCAUCAAGGAGAGUUUGCGUAUGAAUCCAACCGGUAUCAUCUCACUGCGCCGGGUCGCCGAGGACAACAUCCGGUUCUCGGACGGCACCUUCGUGCCCAAGAACGGCAUCAUCGCCGUGUCGGCACAGAACAUGUGGGACCCAAAGACGUACGACAAGCCAAACGAGUGGGAUGGCCGGCGUUUCCUGCGCAUGCGCGAGACGCCAGGGCAGGAGAACACGGCUCAGCUGGUCAGCACCGGGCCGGAGCACCUGGGCUUUGGGCACGGCCAGCACGCCUGCCCCGGCCGCUUCUUUGCCUCCAACGAGGCCAAAGUCGUCUUGAUCCACCUCUUGCUCAAGUACGACUGGAGGCUGGUCAAGGGGGCCCCGCCGCCCAAGAUCCAGCAUUCUGGGUUUUCUCUUAGUGCAGACCCGACCAUCAAGUUGGAGUAUCGCCGCCGAACGCCUGAGAUCGAGAUUUGAGUCUGCUGGGUGUUUUGAGAAACGGAUGGUUCGGCGGUGAUUUGAUCAUGGCCACGGGUAGGGCGUUGAAACCUGGCUGAGCUGUCCCAAAGGUUGCCUAGGCGUGGAAUCAGGCGAUGUCCAUCAUGCUCUGGCACGAGUGGAUGUUGUCCAACCAUGACAGCAUACAGAGUGUCGGUCGUUGAUUCAAGGAUUUUGGCUCGUUUUACCGUUAAAAUGUUGGUAUUAUAUCAUGAUAGGGCGCCAAUGUGGUUCAGGGAGCUCGGGGGUGGAGGCUGGAGCUGAGAAAAAGGGAUAUGUACAGAUCCGCACAAUUUGCUGCAUGGCGUUCGGAUUUUCUAAAAUAAACCCAACUCAUGGCGUUCCCCGGAUGUUGAAACCACAUGUGAAGUUCCAGCUGUUUGGAGUGCGAG